AGUUAUCAAGACAAGCCAACUUAAAGAAGAAACCAUGACCACACAGUUCCUGUGGUAACAGCUCUGCCACUCCCCUGCCUGCUGGGAGUCAUAAGGCCUAAGACCCACAGAUAAAGCCUGCAGCAGUCCUGAGCAAAUCCUCUGAGAGGAUGCAUCUUCUUGCUCUCCAUCUGCUGCUCCUCCUCCUGGGUUCCAACACCAAAGCUGGGGAGAUCAUCGGGGGCACAGAAUGCAUACCACACUCCCGCCCCUACAUGGCCUAUCUGGAAAUUGUCACUCCUGAGAAUUACCUGACCACCUGCAGUGGCUUCCUGAUAAGAAGAAACUUUGUGCUGACUGCAGCUCACUGUGCAGGAAGGUCUAUAACAGUCCUCCUAGGAGCCCACAACAAAACAUCUAAAGAAGACACAUGGCAGAGGCUUGAGGUUGAAAAACAAUUCCUUCAUCCAAAAUACGAUGACUAUUUGAUUCUCCAUGACAUAAUGUUACUGAAGUUGAAGGAUAAAGCCAAGCUAACCCUGGGUGUGGGAACCCUUCCACUCUCUGCCAACUUCAACUUCAUCCCACCCGGGAGAAUGUGCAGGGCAGUUGGCUGGGGCAGAACCAAUGUGAAUGAACCAGCCUCAGACACACUGCAGGAAGUAAAGAUGAGACUCCUGGAGCCAAAAUCCUGCAAACACUUCACCAGUUUUCAACACAAUUCCCAGCUGUGUGUCGGCAACCCCAAGAAGAUACAAAAUGUAUACAAGGGAGACUCUGGAGGACCUCUCCUGUGUGCUGGGAUAGCCCAAGGCAUUGCAUCCUAUGUACAUAGGAAUGCAAAGCCCCCUGCUGUCUUCACCAGAAUCUCCCAUUACAGGCCCUGGAUCAAUAAAAUCUUGAGGGAGAAUUAACUCUGGAGCUCAGGGCCAGCCAGUGAGGAAAUCUGGAACUGGAACAGUGCAGGUUUUCUGUGCCAUGUCAUCUGGCCUGUCUGUAGUUCCUGCUGAAGCCUUGCCAGAUUCCUGAGCUUCCAGAAAGUUCUUACAAGUCAUAGUAUGUUUCUAAAAGUCACCAUCUUCAUAACCCUCAAUAAAGAUCCAGAUUCUAGACUGCAA